GGUGAAGAAAUUUGUUUAGGAUCCUUAAGAGAGUGUAGCGAGGAGGAGUCUCUGAUCCGUUCGCUGAUUCUAAUGGCGAGACGGGUCUUCGAAGCCUGGAAGGGUAGUAAUAAGUUUUUAUUUGGUGGGAGAUUGAUUUUUGGGCCAGAUGCUUGGUCUAUUCCUUUUACCUUCCUGCUCAUCAUAACUCCAGUUUGUUUCUUUUCUGUAUUUGUUGCAACACAUCUUCGCCGCGAGCUCUUACCAAACAAUGCCGGACAUGUGUUCUUAGUGGCAGGAGUCCUAUUUACUGUCUUUGUACUGAUCCUUCUCUUCCUCACUUCUGCGCGGGAUCCUGGAAUCGUUCCAAGAAAUUCGCAUCCGCCAGAGGAAGAACUAUGCUAUGAUACAACUGUAUCAAGUGAUGGAAGACAAACACCUACUGUUCAAAUUCCUAGGACGAAGGAAGUCAUGGUUUAUGGCGUUUCUGUUAGAGUUAAAUAUUGUGAUACAUGCAUGCUUUAUCGCCCUCCUCGUUGCUCCCAUUGUUCCAUUUGCAACAACUGUGUUGAGCGCUUUGAUCAUCAUUGCCCUUGGGUAGGCCAAUGCAUUGGAGUGAGAAACUAUAGGUACUUCUUUAUGUUUGUUUCUUCGGCAACUAUUCUCUGCAUCUACAUUUUUUCGAUGUCGGCAUUAUACAUCAAGGUUCUGAUGGAUAACCAUCAAGGGCUUACUGGGUUUCACUUGUACCUCAUUAGCACAAACCAGACAACCUAUGAGAAUUUCCGGUACAGAUCAGACAAUAGAAUCAACGUUUAUAACCGUGGGUGUUCAGACAAUUUUCUUGAGACAUUUUGCUCAAAAGUUAAACCCUCGAGGAAUGACUUCAGAGCGUUCAUCAAAGAAGAAUCUCCAAGGAAUAUUACAUUGGCUACCACAUGGGAACGACCGGAAGAAGCAGAGGAAGAAAAUAGGGAGGAACGGCGUCAGAAGGUGGAAGACGAUCUAGACAUCGAUGAAGAUGUUUUGAAACUCCAGCACCGUUUAAAUGUUGAAGAGGGCAGCGAUACAGGGCAUCACAAGAUCGAUAUUGACCAAAUGAGAGUCGGGUCUAAUGAAAGAGCACCAACAAUUCGAUCAGAAGCCAGGCACGGAAACUGGGAAACAAGACGUAAUGUACAAGAGGAAGAUGUAAUUGCUGGUUCUUCAGUAAGGGAAAGUAGAAGCUAUGCAGCUGCAGAGGAGGGACGGUGAUUGGUGAACUAUGGUAGUAAAGAGGGUAAUUCUUUUGAAGCUUUUCUCUUUCUUACUAAGUUUUAUUGUUUUCAAUUUUUCAUUAUUUUACGGGUAUGGUUCGAUUUGGGAGUUGUGAACACUAUCUGUGAAUAAGUUUAGUGUAAGCGU